CAUAAUGUUAACAGUGUGCUUGAAAAUCAGAUUAUAAAAAGAUCCAUUUUGAAAUGGGCGGGGUUUAGCUAUAAUUAUGACUUUGUGGUUGUGUUAACUAGUGACGAUCCCAGUUUAUCGACUCGAGAUUAGCAGCAAUGUCGGAUCCCACGGUUGCAGACACUCGCCGAUUAAACUCUAAACCGCAGGAUCUUACAGAUGCGUAUGGCCCCCCAAGCAAUUUUCUUGAAAUUGACGUUUAUGACCCACAAACUAUUGGAGUCGGCCGGAACCGAUUUACCACUUAUGAAGUGAGAAUGCAGACAAACCUUCCCAUCUUCAAACGUAAGGACUCUGUUGUGCGAAGAAGGUACAGUGAUUUUGAGUGGCUGAAGAAUGAGCUGGAGAGAGACAGUAAGAUUGUGGUGCCCCCUCUCCCUGGCAAAGCUUUGAAGAGACAGCUGCCCUUCCGAGGAGAUGAGGGUAUCUUUGAGGAGUCCUUCAUUGAGGAGCGGAGGGUAGGCUUGGAACAGUUUAUCAACAGACUCGCAGGUCAUCCCCUGGCCCAGAAUGAACGCUGUCUUCACAUGUUCCUUCAGGAUGAGUCCAUUGACCGGAACUACAUUCCUGGAAAAGUGUGAAUAAAGUAAGUUUGGUUAUGCUUUUUAUUCAUAUUAAUACAAUUGUGAUCAUUUUCCAACCGCUUUUGUGUGUAUCAAUUCAGAUUUGGUUUAGCGGGUUACCAAUAAUACAUUCAUGCAUUUACGCUCAAAUAUCUCUUCGCUUCCCUCUUUUUCAAUCAACCACUUUCUCCUUUUUUAAAUUUUCCUUGAGUAAGUGUAACUGUUGCCAUGAUAUGGUUGCAUGCAUGCAUGGGGUAAUAUUUACAGUUCAUCUUUAGUAAAGUACGUUACUUCCCCUUUUGGCUUAAAGGGAAAUGUCACUGUUUUUCAACUUGAUAUUUUAUAUAUCUACAGCACCACAACAUAUUUGAAAAUUACGCUAAUCUUUGUUUUUUAGUAAAAAAACAGUAAGUGUUUCUGAUGACAUCAUUGGUAUGCGUCAUGUGAUUUUAAUCAAUUCAUGAGUAGGAAUAUGAAGUUGAACAUAUUUGGAAUGUCCCUUUAAACCAGUCAUGCAGGCUUUCAUGGCGGCACUAACUGAGACCUAGAGAGCCGUAUCUAACAUUCAUAUAAUGUAUGUAUGGCUAGACCUUGCUAUUGUUUUUUAUUUUAAAGACAGAUUACAUGCAGUUAAGAUUUGAAUUACCAGUUUACAUCAAAAGGCUCUCAUCUCCAGCACCCUAAAAUCUGUCGGAUGCUGUACGCUGAUACUGGUAACACAAUGCCUCAAUCCAUUGACUCUAGUUUUUCAUUUGUGAUAUAAAGGAAGUCUUGAUUUCAAACCUAUUCUUUAGCAAUAAUGGAACAUACCCCUGAGAUCAUAAUUAUUUAUUUCUCUAAGGAAGAUUCUGUUAACCUAGCCAUUGAAUCAGAGCCUAGAACUAACCUACACAAUCUUACCCUUUUUUGAUAGUAGUAACUAUGUUAUAGACAUUGUAGAACAGUAAUGGUCUAUGCCUUUUGUUUAGACUUUAAAAUCUUGGUCUACAUAAGUGUAGUGAGACUGGCAACACUAAUCCUCAGAUGCUAAUAAGUCCAUGAAUAGCUGUGAUUUGUUUUCCUUUCUAUAGCAGCCCCAGAGAUGAAAAUGGUCUACUCAGCCCAUCUUCUCAACCCUACACCCCCUGGCUGUUUGGCUUUAUCACUAGAGCCCACGCUGUCUCUUCCACAGGUGGCCCAUCCUCCUAGACAACUGCAUCUGCCGGAACUCUGUAAAUACUGUGUACAUAUAUACAUAUCUUAUUUGUAGUUGGUCUGGGGAAGCUCUGGGGGUAUUCACAUGCAGAGCAUUUAACUUGUAGCAGAAGACUGAGGGUGGUGAAUUUAUAAAACCAGUGAGUUAGUAAGGUACCUUUUUGAAACAACAGGAUUUUUCUCGAGUUAAACUUGAGGCUUAUUAAGUAAGUAGGAGUUGGUAAUAAUUAUAAGACUUAAUUUUGGGAAUGAGAAAAUAUUGUUUUAGUAAGACAAGUUGGCUUCCUAACUCAUGAAUUCUGCUUGGUGAAAUAAUUGUGUACAUUUCUCAUGUGAAAAUGACAGGCUCUGCCAAAAAUACUUUCCCCUGAGCAAACAGUUUCUCAGUUAUAGAGAUCGAUCUCCGAAGGGAAACCUGGCCAACCUGACUCACCAACACAAAGCAUUCUAUUACGUUCCAUUAAGAUUCUUUUUACAUUCAUGUAUAUGUACUUGACAACUUAUUUACGAAUCUUGAUAGAGGAAUGAUUCCAUAGUAUCAUAGAAAAAAUUGCCAAGUAUUAGAUCAAGUCUUGGGGACAAAUAUUCAUUCAUACCACCUCAAUGGUCAUCAAAGACUAAAUUGCACUUGAUGUAAUAGUAGGGAUCUUAACCCCAAUGUGUUGGGGAAAACUCCCAACCUAGAUUCUUGCCACCGUGGUCACAAUCAUUUUCAACCUCUCUACUGCAACACUAUUGUAGGUUGUUGUAAAUGAGAAUAUUUGAAAUCAACUUACCUGGUAAAAUAAAGCUCAAUCAAUAACAAGAAUGUCCAGCAGGAUACUUAUUUUGCUUACACUCGCAGAUACAGGGUUGUCUUAGAAGGAAAUAUUAUUCAGUGUUUAGGUGCUUCUGUUUAAUGUGUGGGGUGAGGCUGAUGCAGCCGGAAAUGUCUGUAAUCAAGCACCAAAGACAGUUUCUGCUGCCUUGUGAUUGUGACAUGUCUUCCUGAAACAUCCUCAGCCCCACAACUAAACUGAUGGCUAGUCGCCAACCAUUUAAUUUGUGUUUUAUGUUCAUGUGUUUUUGACCAUUCAAACACAUAAAGGCUGUUUUUUUCUGAUUUAAAUUUGUUGACCACAAUGUACUGUUAGUUUAUUAAACCACUGAAAAUCUAUCAAA